GAAAAGAAAAAAUAAAAAAUAAAAAACACAAAAAGGGCAGAACGGAAGCAAAGCCGAGGCCUUUCUUUCCGCUCAUGGCUACAACUCUGCCAUCAUCCCCCUGGGGCUCCGUUCUCCACCACCGGAGGGAACCCCUUCAAAGACGCGCCGUAGUCUGUGCCUUCAGGCGCAGCGACUUCGACCGCUUUGCUCGACGCGUGACCUCCGGCGAGGCCUGGAGGGACGCCUGGCGCUCUGCCAAUGACGGCUUUGAAUUGUUAAUUUUCGAGGCGAAGAAGACCGCCGAACGCAUUGACCGCCGCUACUCUGUCUCACGCGGCCUCUCAUCCGUCGUUCAAUCUGCUUCCAACCGUGCCCGCGAGAUUGAUCGAGAGUUCGAGAUUGGGACUCGUUGGCGAACUUUUUCUAUGGAUUUUAGUAGAAAUUGGCCUAGGUACAGGAAGCAGCUCAGUGAUUUCUUGGAUACUCCUCUAGGAAAGAGUUUUGCUACAAUUUUCUUCAUCUGGUUUGCAGUAUCUGGAUGGCUGUUUCGGUUUUUGAUAUUUGCAACAUGGUUCCUGCCUCUUGCUGGACCCCUUCUCAUUGGCACUGUUGCCAAUAAUCUUGCCAUCAAGGGGGCUUGUCCUGCUUGUAAGAGGCAGUUCGUUGGUUACAAGAACCAAAUAAUACGGUGUGCAGGCUGUGGAAAUAUUGUAUGGCAGCCACAAGGGGACUCCUCUUCCAGAGGUGGACCUGGUGCGAAAGGUAAAAAGUCCGAACCUGAAAUUAUCGAUGUUGAAUUUGAGGAGAAAUGAAUAAUGACAACAAAAAUUACUCGAAAUAUCCAAACGAUGAUUCGUUUUUUAUGCCAUGUGCCACUGGCCAGAAGCAAAAGAGGUUCUGAAUCAUGUCUCGCUUGUUCCUAGUGAUAAUGAUAUCUUGUCUUCCAAGGGUUCUACUUUUAUAGAAGUUACAUUUAUCUCAUGUAUUUUUGAAGUAGUUGCCAAUAAUAACUGUUACUGAAAUUGUACAGCUUCUUCUGUAACUUUUAUUUUUAUAUUUCUUGUAUAUACAAGUUUAAGAAAGCAAAGAAAACAAAAGGAAAAAAAAAAAAAAAAGAUCCCUUUUUUUCUUUUUCGGUUCGCGGAGAAGAUUGAAGAGCCCGUUCGUUUUUUAA